AUGGCCACCUCACCGCCAAUGUCCCCAGUAGGAUCUGAACGCGCCACUCUGGAUGGUAUAUGCACAGAGCUGCAUUCCCUGGCAGCAUCAAUGGCCACCAGACAGGACCUCCAGACACUUACAUGCACCCGGACUGAGACUCUCAGGCCCGAAAUGUCCCUCGUCCGCACAGAAGUCUCCACGCAGAGGACCCGGCUACAGACCCUGGAGACCGCAACUCAGAGUAUUACAGAAAGGGCCAUGGCCAAUGAUCAUGCAGUAAUCAGGCAAGGCACCAUGUUGCUUGAUAUGCGACAACAGAUGGAAGACCUGGACAAUCGCAGCCGCAGGUGUAAUAUGUACACAGCAUCCCAGAGCCCGAGGGGGAAGAAGACAUAG